ACCACCAAUUCUUCCAGGUCGAUUUCCGCCAGUUUCUCACAACCAUUGCCCACAGAACACACUAUACGGGGCCGCGCCCGUACUUCACCAUCCACAUAGUCCCUUAUCAUUUUUCUUGUCUCUGCUUCUGGAGUACGGAAGUUAAUGAUUACGGACGGUUGUGUCCAAUACCAAGAUGUCGAGCUCACCCGAGCCUAGCUCCGUCAACGGUCACACGUCGCCGGAGACGCGAGCGGGCGCGAGAGUAACACUCGAUGAUCGUGCUAGCGAGAGCGACCUUUCUGAGGUAAAUGAGAACACUGGUUUCCAGGCAUCAUCAUCCUCAUCCCCGGUCAAUCACCAAUCUCCCCCGGAUGUCGAACCCGAGUUAGAUCACCAAGGUGGUGCCGAAUCGAGCGAUAAUGAUGAUAACAAUGCUUCCGAUGAUGCCGAUUUCGAUAUGGAGGAUAGCCCUGCUCCUUCACAGAGUGACGCGCUUCAGGAUCAGGAUGAGACAUCGACUUCUAACAGCUCUCGUCGCGCUGCUAAAAGGAAAGCUGGUGUCGAAGAGGAUGAUUAUAUCCGAGAGAACCCAGAACUAUACGGGUUAAGAAGAAGCUCACGUCCUACAAAACAGCCAAAGAUCGUUGAGUCUGAUGAGGAAGAUGAAGACUCCGAUUCUGAUGUUGUUCCUACUAAUCGUCGAACUAAAAAACUUCGCGUAGAGCAAGUUUCGCGACAAUCAUCAAAGCGCGGUACACCUGCAAGGCAGACUCCUGCCGAUGAUUCGGACUCGGAUACCUACGGCGGAGCUCGCGCUCGAACCUUAAUCAAGAAAGCCCGUCGACAACAGGCACAACCACAAUCCCUACUCUAUGCCGAGAAGCGUUGGUCAAAUAGAAGAGCUGCCCAGCAAAUCCAGACCUACCAUGAAAGCGACAUUGAUGACGAGGACGAAUCCGAGCUGACACCUAAUUACUGGGCUGGCGAAGAGCUCGCAGAAGAUACGAUGUACAUUGAGAAAGUCGUUGGCCACCGCAUGCUGAGUGGUGGCGAGUUGACUUCAGACGCAACCAGAGACGACUUUGAGUACAAUAUUAAGUGGCAGGGCAAGUCGUAUCUUCACAAUACGUGGGACACCUUAGAGACUCUUCGCGGCUAUCGUGGUUUCCGCAAACUUGAGAAUUACUAUAAGCGAACCGUCGAAUACGAGAUUGACCUUAAGUUUGCGGGUGAGGAUAUUCCGCCCGAGACUCGAGAGCAGUACAUGCUUGAUAAAGAGCGUGAGCAAGACGCCUUGGAAGAUUACACCAAGGUCGAACGCGUUGUUACUCAGCGUAUAGGCGAUGAAGGAAGGGAAUAUUUCGUGAAAUGGAAGGGCCUCACAUAUGAGCACUGUACUUGGGAGUUGGCUACCACCAUCAGCGACACCGCCCAAGAUAAGAUCGACCAGUUCCUUGACCGACAAUCUAGAUCCUGGACUUCCGACAAAUAUGAGUCGAACCCUACAUCACGAAGCAAAUUCUUGAAGCUCGAGAAACAGCCUAGCUACAUCAAGGGCGGUGAGCUGAGAGGCUUCCAGCUCACAGGCUUGAACUUCCUGUGCCUUAAUUGGUGUAGAGCUAACAACGUUAUCCUUGCCGAUGAAAUGGGUCUCGGAAAGACUGUCCAGACCGUUUCGUUCUUAAGCUGGCUUCGCAACGAGCGCAAGCAAGAAGGCCCCUUCUUGGUUGUUGCGCCACUCAGUGUUAUUCCCGCGUGGUGUGAUACAUUCAACUUAUGGUCUCCCGAUCUUAACUAUGUCGUCUACCUAGGCAAUGCCGAGGCACGAAAUACGAUAAGAGAUCAUGAGUUGAUGUUCAACGGGAACCCGAAGAAACACAAGUUCAAUGUCUUGGUCACAUCAUAUGAAUACAUAUUGAUGGAUGCGGACUUCCUCAGAAGCAUCAAAUGGCAAGCCUUAGCAGUCGAUGAAGCUCAUCGUCUGAAGAACAAGGAAUCCAAAUUGUAUGCGGAACUUAUGAGCUUCGGUGCUCCCGCUAGAGUUUUGAUUACCGGUACUCCGAUCCAGAACAACUUGGCCGAACUGUCCUCCCUCCUCGACUUCCUGAAUCCCGGUAAGGUUCAUAUCGACGAAGACCUCGAUACCUUAGCCUCGGCGGACGCCCAGACAAAACUCCAGGACUUACACGCUGCGAUUGCUCCCUUCAUCUUGCGAAGAACCAAGGAGACGGUAGAGUCGGAUCUACCCCCCAAAACUGAGAAGAUCAUUCGUGUAGAGCUCUCGGAUGUCCAGUUGGAAUAUUAUAAGAACAUUCUCACAAGGAAUUACGCAGCCCUUAAUGAAGGAAACAAUGGACAGAAAUCAUCACUCUUGAAUAUUGUUAUGGAACUGAAGAAAGUCAGCAACCAUCCUUACAUGUUUCCUGGUGCUGAGGAGAAAGUACUCAACGGUAGCGAGCGUCGCGAAGACCAAAUCAAGGGGCUUAUUGCAAGCAGUGGGAAGAUGAUGUUGCUCGACCAGCUACUUGCCAAGCUGAAGAAGGAUAACCACCGUGUCUUGAUCUUCAGUCAAAUGGUGAAGGUGCUUGAUAUCCUCGGAGACUACCUCAGACUGCGUGGUUAUCAGUUCCAACGACUUGACGGCACCAUCGGUGCUGGGCCAAGACGUCUGGCGAUUAACCAUUUUAACGCCGAGGACAGUUCGGACUUCUGCUUCUUACUUUCAACGAGAGCUGGUGGUUUGGGCAUCAACCUGAUGACGGCGGAUACUGUCAUCAUUUUUGACUCGGAUUGGAACCCUCAGGCUGAUUUGCAGGCCAUGGCAAGGGCCCAUCGUAUUGGGCAGAAGAAACCCGUCACCGUUUACCGCCUGGUCUCUAAAGAGACUAUUGAGGAGGAAGUCCUCGAACGAGCCCGGAACAAGCUUCUACUUGAGUACCUUGCGAUCCAGGCCGGUGUUACAGACGAUGGCAAGGCGUUUAGGGAAGAGUUUAAGCAAAAGGGUCUUAGGAUGGACGAGGCUAAGUCAGCAGACGAUAUACAAUGGGUAUUGAAGAUGAGAUCCCAGAAGAUGUUUGAGCAGUCGGGCAACCAGGAGCGACUGGAGCAGCUUGAUAUUGACUCCAUCUUGGAGAAUGCCGAAGUCACCAAGACAAAGGUGGAUGAUCAAAUGAACCUCAGUACUGGUGGUAUCGACUGGGACAAUUUCAUGCAGUACACUGACGUUAAGGUGGAUGAUCUUGCUCUCGAUUGGGAUCAAAUAAUACCGGCAGACGAGCUAGCAGCAAUUAAGGCCGAAGAAGAUAAAAAGAAGGAAGAUGAGUAUCUUGCAAAGGAACUCGAAGCAAGUGCUCCACGAAGAGCUGCCUUGAAAAGCUCAAGGCCUAAUGGUGACUCUGAGAGAGCCGAAAGAAUUGCGAAAAAGAGAGAACGAGAACAGUUGAAGCAGGAACGUCUAGAAGAGCAGAGAGCCAUGCUUUCUGAUCCGAGACGACCACUCAACGAGAAAGAAACUCGUAACCUCAUUCGGGCUUUUAUGCGGUACGGUUUUAUUGAAGACCGACCGGACGAAUUACUACGUGACGCUCGCCUGAGUGAUAGAGAUCGCGACUUCAUAGGGAAGUUACUCGAUGAUCUUGUCACUAUGUCUCGUGAUGCCGUGGAAAAGAACAACGAGGAAAUCCGGCUACAGGAGCAGCAGGCAAAGAAGAAGCUCACGAAAAAAGAUAUCAAGGCCGUCAUGUUUGAUUUUGGCGAAGUCAAAAAGAUCAAUGCUGAGACAAUCCUCGACCGUCCGCCGCAGCUACGGCUUCUGCGACGUGUUCUCAAUGAGCUUCCGGAUUUCCGAACCUUCCAGCUCCCAGACGCUACCAAGGCCGCGCAUUACAGCUGCGAAUGGGGAGCUAGAGAAGAUGGAAUGCUUCUCGUGGGUAUCGAUCGAUAUGGCUUUGGUGCCUGGACACAAAUCCGUGAUGACAGGGAUCUCGGAAUGCAAGACAAGUUCUUCCUAGAAGAACAUCGCAUCGAGAAGAAGCAAGAGCGAGAGCACGGUGAUACCAAGGGCGCCAAAGCUCCUGGCGCCGUUCAUCUCGUUCGUCGUGCGGAGUACCUGUUGUCAGUGCUUACCUCAAUUCACUCGGAUGAUGUGAACGCGCAGAAAAUUGUUGAGAAUCAUCAUCGAAACAACAAGAAAGCCAGUCUCAGCAUUGCUAAUGGGCAUCGCCGUCCAGAGAAAGGAGGGUCCGUUUCUGCGUCGCCCGCUCCUCAGAGCUCGAAGAAAUCUUCCCAUCGGGACAGAGAUCAUGAUCGCUCCCACUCCCGGGGCGAUCAUCACCGCUCUCGAAGUAGCAUAGGUGAUAGUGGCACGCCAAGACCUGACCCUAAGCGAAAGCAUAGUGGCGAAGCGGAUGACCGCCGGCAUAAGCACCGCCGAGUAGAAGAACUUCGCAGAUUCGAUGGCAAUCAGCAACAGGCCGAGGAUAAGGACGACGAAGAAAACGCACACACCAUUCAACUACUCAUGCAACCUAUAUGGUCACAUGUCGAAAAAGUUGAAUCUUGCACCAAGGCAAACAUACCGGUUGCCAAGGCCAGAGCUAAAGUCUUGAAGUCCGAGAUCACUGCUAUUGGUGAUUUCAUUGAGGGUCUUCACAAGACUUCAGGUCUUAGUCUUGAACAAAUCGAAAAGGAGCUGAAGCCUAAAUUAUGGAGAUUUAUCUCAAAGCGAAUUCCGGCUUCCGAGAAGGCAUCUGGAAAGUCGGAGAAAUCCACAUCCGGCGAGUCCCAGUCCUCGGGGAUGACCGGUCCACGACUAUCCGCGCUAUAUCGGCAAUUAAAGGAGGUGGAGACUGGUGCAAAGAAUUCUAGCGCAACAGUUACUAACGGAGGCUCUCGAGGAGGGUCGUCCAAGGCGACCAGCUAGUCGCCCUAACCCAUAACAUUCGAUUCGAUCAGACGGCCGCGAUGACGAAACGAUAACUGAAGUUGGCCGUUCCAUUCUAUUGCAUUGUACGGCGUUACGGUUUGGCAUUUUAGAUAGGCGAGGUUGGAGUCCAUGAAAUCAUACCCAGCAAAAGCAUCGACAUUACAGGAGACCAGGAGUUCUAUUGGUCGGCAUGACUAGUCAUCUCCGUCUUGUCUAAACCCACGGGCAUUUGCUCUUGGUUGUUACCAGGGAGUCCGAGGGGGGAAUUGAGGAAAAGGAGAGGAGACAGUUAUAAAAUAAUGUGUCUCGGCGGCUUUUGCAUCAUCACUUCUAUAUUCAGCGAACUACGAAGUAGGUACGGUCAGGUCUGUCCACAUAAUAGGACUUUAUUGUACCUAAUCUUGAUGAGAAGCCCCCUAUGAGAAACCAAUAAUCAGCGGAUAUAUUUCGCGAAUAGUUGUAUGGCGAGUUAUUAUAUCGCUUGCAAUAGAUAUAGGCUUAGCCUAGUACGAUGGUUAUUAGGAGAAGCAAGACAAUAAAGCUAUGCGUAUUAAAAUGACUACUUGUUACUUUUAUAAUUUUGUUAAAGGGCUGGUAAUGAAAAAUCGUGAAUCACUGAG